GGUUGUCGAGGCCCCGCAGUCGGGCUCCGCGCGCUCGCGCCGCCCCCAGUACAGCUUCGGCCGCCGUGCCGCCUGGCUCUGUCUCUUGUUCUCCGCGGGCUCUCAGGGCUUGGGCCGCGGCCGUUAGUCAUGUCGGAUUCUGGAAGUUACGGUCAAUCUGGGGGUGAGCAGCAAAGUUAUUCUUCCUAUGGAAAUCAAGGAAGCCAAGGUUAUGGACAAACACCACAAGGCUAUACUGGCUAUGGACAAACGACAGAUUCUUCAUAUGGACAGAGUUAUGGCAACUACAAUUAUGGACAGAAUCAAUCAGGUUACUCACAGUCCUAUGGUGGUUAUGAGAAUCAAAAGCAGAGCUCUUAUGGCCAGCAAUCUUACAAUAACCAGGGACAACAAAAUACGGAAUCAUCAGGAGGCCAAAGUGGGAGAGCGCCUUCAUAUGACCAGUCAAACUAUGGUCAGCAAGAUUCGUAUAGCCAGCAGUCAGGCUAUGAUCAGCAUCAAGGCUCAUAUGAUGAGCAAUCAAAUUAUAACCAGCAUGAUUCCUAUAAUCAAAACCAGCAGUCCUACCAUUCACAAAGGGACAAUUACAGCCAUCACACACAAGAUGACCGUCGUGAUGUGAGUAGGUAUGGAGAAGAUAAUAGAGGAUAUGGCGGGUCACAGGGAGGAGGUAGAGGGCGUGGGGGAUAUGACAAGGAUGGAAGAGGUCCUAUGACGGGAUCAAGUGGUGGUGACCGCGGUGGCUUCAAAAAUUUUGGUGGUCACAGGGAUUUUGGACCCAGACCAGAUGCUGAUUCAGAAUCUGAUAAUUCAGAUAACAACACAAUCUUUGUGCAAGGACUUGGAGAGGGUGUGUCCACAGAUCAAGUGGGGGAGUUCUUUAAACAAAUAGGAAUUAUCAAGACAAAUAAGAAGACUGGAAAACCAAUGAUAAAUUUGUAUACAGACAAGGACACAGGGAAACCAAAAGGAGAGGCAACUGUGUCAUUUGAUGAUCCUCCUUCAGCAAAGGCAGCCAUUGACUGGUUUGAUGGGAAAGAAUUCCAUGGUAACAUCAUUAAAGUGUCCUUUGCCACGAGAAGACCUGAAUUCAUGAGAGGAGGUGGAAGUGGAGGUGGGCGUCGAGGCCGUGGAGGAUAUAGAGGGCGGGGAGGCUUUCAGGGAAGAGGUGGAGACCCCAAAAGUGGAGACUGGGUUUGCCCUAACCCAUCCUGUGGAAAUAUGAAUUUUGCACGAAGGAAUUCCUGCAACCAGUGCAAUGAGCCCAGACCAGAGGACUCUCGUCCCUCAGGAGGAGAUUUCCGGGGAAGAGGCUACGGUGGAGAGAGGGGCUACAGAGGUCGUGGGGGCAGAGGAGGAGAUCGAGGAGGCUAUGGUGGAGACAGAAGUGGGAGUGGCUAUGGUGGAGACAGAAGUGGUGGUGGUGGCUAUGGGGGAGAUAGAGGUGGGGGUGGUUAUGGUGGGGAUAGAAGUGGGGGUGGCUAUGGUGGGGACAGAGGAGGCGGCUAUGGAGGAGACCGAGGAGGCUAUGGAGGAGACCGAGGAGGCUAUGGAGGGGACCGAGGAGGCUAUGGAGGGGACCGAGGAGGCUAUGGAGGCGACAGAAGUGGGGGUGGCUAUGGAGGAGAUCGUGGUAGCGGAUAUGGUGGAGACCGAAGUGGAGGCUACGGGGGAGACAGGAGUGGUGGCUAUGGAGGAGACCGAGGUGGGGGCUAUGGAGGAGACCGAGGUGGCUAUGGAGGCAAAAUGGGAGGAAGAAACGACUACAGAAAUGAUCAGCGCAACCGACCAUACUGAUGACUGUUUUGAAUGUUCCUUUGUCUCUGACAUGAUCCUUAGUGAAAUUGCCAGAGUUUUGCCUGCUGCUUUCCUCGUGGCCUCUUCUUGGGUAGUGAAAUUAAGUGACAUUUGGAUUUUUAUUUGGGAGGGAGGGGUGGGACAGUUUUCCUUCUUAGAUGUCCACUGAAAUUUCCUCCUAGUUUCCCUUCUUCUUUCCAACCCUUGAAGCUAAGUGCGUUGUAAAAUAUUGCCAAAAUGGAAAAGUGUUUUGUAAUACUGCAAUAAAGACUGAUUGUUUUGUGGA